CACACGUAAAUCAUCGGCAAACAGCAAAGCCAUCUGACUCUAGGUAACGCUGUAAGUUAAAUAUGGAUGCUAGUCAGCAACGAACUUACCACGAUUUGCCCCAGAAUCGUCAGUGGCGUAGCUUGCUUUCCUUUUACAAAAAAGGGUUCUUGUGUGAUGUGGAGUUUGUCGUGGGGGAAGACAAAAUCGCUGCCCACAAAAUCAUUCUGUGUUCAGCGAGCAAUUACUUUCAAGUUAUGUUUCAAUCUGAUUUCAGCGAGAAAAAGAAAAACCUCGUUGAUUUCUCAUCUUCCUUUAGCGACAUUACAACCCUGAGCAGCGUGCUCGAUUACAUCUAUGAUGGAGAGAUUUAUUUGACGAGUGACACCGUCAUGGAGAUCCUUGACAUAUCCGUGCAGUUCUUACUGCUUGAACUCCAAGGUCACUGUGCACAGUUUUUACUGGAACGUCUUCAACCUCAAAACGCACUUCAGACCUGGUACGUAGCUCACUUGUACGACUUGCGUGAGUUGGAAGAAGUGUCUCAAAUCGUCGUCCAGGCUACCUUCUGUCGAAAAUUCAUAUUCACUAAAUCCGUAUACGUUUUGACGGCACCUUUCUUGACUUCUUUGCUUCACGAUACACGUUUGAAUAUAAAUUCAGUGGACCGUAUUGAGAUGGUACUGUGGUGGCUUAGUUAUGACGACACCGCACGGCUAACUGAAGCAGAGUUUUUAAUUAGCAACUACAUUCGUCAAAAUCCUCUACCUUCGGGUUACAACUUCAAUGAAACCGAUGCAUUCGAUGACCUUGAUCCCAGUUUAAAAACGAAACUGAAGGAUCGCUUUUCCCCCUUAAUAUCAGAAGCAGGACAUUCUUUGGAAAUUAAAAGACUAUCAAUUAGCGAUUCAAGCGAUAAGAAAUUUCAGUGGUGCUUACUGGUACAAGAGGAAGGGAACGAUCUAGCGGCCUUCUACUGUGGUCUUACUAAGACAUGGUUUCUCACGACUAUCUUUUGGGAACCUGGCGAUAUUAUAGGGAUUAUAAACCCAUAUUACCUCGUUCAUGUGAGCGCUAAAACUAACGUCUCCCUCGUUGAUUUGACAAACAGCUCUAGCAAACCCGUUUCCAAUAUAUUUCGCUCACUUGAUAAGAAAACCUUGACGACAGAGGAAGAUACCUUUGAUAUAUUUUGCCUCGAUGGAGAUUUGUAUGUUUUGAUCACUACUUUUUCUGGACUAAACCGGAAGCCAGUAUUUGGUGUUUAUAAAUAUGACACUUUGUCCGAUUCUUGGAACUUACAUAUGGAGAUAAAUUAUGAAUAUUUUGGAGAUGAAAUGUGUCCCGGAGACAAGGCGUCGGUCGCGCUUAAAGUUCACAUUGAUCUUUUUAACUCGUAUUUGAUGGUGACUGUAUCAACCAAACGGAGAGUUGAGGUGGCCCAAACGGCACAUGGAGAAUAUCAAUUUCAGGAAUUGAAGAAUUUCCACGUCAUUUCUUUCGACAUAACUUCAAAGAAGUAUGAAACUUGCGGAUCUCGUUGGCAUGAACCCAUCUGCCUUCAGAAAACGCCUGCUGUUUUCUUGCAAGACCGCAUAUGCUUCUUGAAACACGUAGACCACAAAAUUCUUGCGGAGAAGUUCCGAUCAUCGUUACUCGCUCAUGAGGAAUAUUUCAUGGAAGCAACGUGUCUUUUACUUGAAGAUCGAACUUGGGAGAAAGUAACAAUUGGUCUUCCUGCGCCCAACUUACCUCCUUUACCUAUCAAGUGUUCUACUCCUGAUUACGACCUCCAAGUGACCAGCGCUUUUGACAAAUUGUAUGUUGGGGUGCAGAGGGCACCGUAUGUUUUCCAAGUUGCCAUGUAUAACUUGAGUAAUUUCAGCGCAAAUAUUCUGCCUUACACUUCGCUUCCACUUAUUGGCAAUCCAAUACUCACCGUCUUUUGUUGCGAAAAGAGUAUUUCUACAUGGGUGACAUCGACGAACAAACACAUCGAAACUCAAACGUUUUAUUUUACUGAUUAUACCAUACAAACUUGGCAGGGUUCCAAGCGUACUCCCGAUGAAAUCUGA